AAAACGUUAUUUCGCAACACAAGUGAGAAGCAAUAAAAUCACCAAUAACUUCCAGUGAACUGUAUCGCGCCGCACAGGCCGACGUCAUGAAGGUACCGCUCAUCAUAUUCGCUUUAAUCAUAAGCUACGUUUUAGGAGACACCAUCAAAUUUGCGGAAAAGAGGUUCCCUAAGAAAGUUAAACCCUACGGUACCGGGAAGAUUCUGAUAAAUUCUAAAUAUGAAUUUAAAACCAAAGAUAAACCAAAAACUACCGCCACCCCUCCACCGGUGACGGCGAAACCGUAUACAGUAUUCCAACUUGUUUCUCAUGGCAUGUCCAAGAUGAUCGAGGGAGUUCCCGACAGCCCAUACUUCCCAAUCGAUCAAGGAUUUAAUCAUAAGUCCAGAGUGAAGAAAAUCUUACCCGAUUACUCUUGGUCAGCGGUAAGAGUUAAAAGAGGCGCAGCCAAUGAAGAAAUUAACGCAACGACGACGAAAGUAGAACAAAAAUCUACCCCUUCUCCAAAUACCAUCAAACCAGAUAAAGUAGAAGCUCCAUCGAUGAGAAGCGUACAAAAGGAAGCAGGCGACAAAGAAGAAACUACGGAAAAGAAAACAGAGAAAGCAACUAAAAAACCAGCCGCACAUGAAAAUGUUGCUAAAACAAGCAAAAACAACGAAUCCAAAGCCGCGGAUAAAUUAGACACUACAACCAAAAGUAAAGUAAAAUCCACAAACGACAAUCGGAAGAUAAAAGCAAAACCGAAAGGUGUCAGCGGGAACGCCACAGGUAAAUUGAAGUCAAAUAUUAAAGCAAAGCGUAAAGGGAAAAGCGUAAAACAUCCAGCUAAACCCAAAGCAAAAAAAUUGGCCAAUAAUAAUAUUAAGAGGAACGGUACGAUUGCAAGAGGAAACGGGUCUAAGACUAAGAAACGUAAGGGUGGGAAGAGUCCACAGAGAAGCAAGGGCAAAGGUAAACCUAAAGCUAAGAGAACCGUUAAAUCCAAAUCAGCGAACGCGACGCGCACUGCAGCGAAGAAACCAAAAGCUACGCGUCGGCUGAUCGCGGCGAGAGAGGCGCUGAUCGAAGACUAUCCCUAUGUGGUGUCCAUUCAGAAGGAUGAUCAGCAUUGGUGCUCCGGGGCACUGCUGAAUCCACGCCUAGUGAUAACCACGGCCAAUUGUCUUUGGAAAGCUAACCGCGUCUCUCGCAUGGAAGUGAGGGCUGGGUCCCGCUACGUCGACCGUGGUGGUCAGAUGGCAGCCAUUCAGGAGGUAAUGAAGCACCCCGGCUGGGGACUGCGGAAGAGCCCUGAUAAUGACGUCGCCCUUCUACUAUUGGAUAGAAAUAUUAAGUUUUCACAUUCAGUGCACGGCGUAGAUCUGCCGAACAGGGUGAUGUUACCACCUUUCGACGAUGCCUGGGUAGUCAGCUGGGGUGCUGAACGGCGCGACGGUAUCUACGACACCGAAUCCUCGACCCUGCAAGUGUUCCACACGAGGCUGAUGAACCAUGACAAGUGCAACAACGUCACCAUGAGGUUCAGCGUCAUCGUCUCCGAGAACUUCAUCUGUCUGGCACAGACUGGCCGGACAGGCCCUUGUACUAGAGAUACCGGGGCACCAGCAGUGAGUGAUGGUAUUCUGUGGGGCCUCGCAUCUUGGGGUAUUAGGAAACUGUGCGGAACAGAGCGGUUCCCAGCGAUGUUCUCAUACCUCGCAUCGCACUCGAACCUCGACUUCAUUGCAAACGCGACCAAAUCCCUGAUGGCGGACAAACGAUACUACCCAUUCGUCGACAGGUUCCCGAGUCUACACUAAAUACAUACUUGUAGUCGGCACAAUCUAAGAUGUCAACUCUGACGUUUGUCAACCAUAUAUAUUUUUUGGUUUAAUUUAAUAUACGAUCGAUGUUUGAUAUUGUACAUAAUGGUGUGGACAUUUAACCUCUUGCAUAUAAGACAACAAUAGAAAAUAAAUUGUGUCCUGCGUGGAUCUACGUUCCGGCACACGACGGGUUAAAAAACCUUUUGUCUUGAUUUCAUUGAUGAGUCAAUACUCUACGCAGUCACACAGUAUUUAGGAAGUUCUCGAGAUAUUAUUAUAUUUUCUAAUCCAGUGAAUGCAAACUCUAAUUAUUUUUCUCGAUAUAACUUAGGAAUCGGUUAUAAACAGCAACCAAUCUUAUUUACCUCUCACUACAUGGCAACUGUCAGAGUUGACUUCUUAGAUUGUGUGGACUAUAAUUACAAAAUACGAAUUUUAUUUUAACCUUUUGACCGCCAGAGCAUAAACGCUUCGCCGUGCCCUCCACGCCGAGACACAAAUUCAACGAAAUAACCUUGAAAAUAUUAGGGAUUCCAAAAUGUUAUCGAUAAACCAAAGUGAGUAAUAAUUUUCGUCUGAAUUUUUUUUUGAAUAAACUGCUUAUAACAUAAAAAGAAUAUUUAUUUAACCUAAUCUCCCACUGUAAUAAACUUAAGACCACAUUAAUAGCAACUAUCAAUGAAAUAUCAACCUUUUGAGACACAAAAAUACAUAUAAAAUUGCAGCAAAUUACAGCACUAUUAUCUAUCAGUUACGCGCCAUUGGCAUGUAUACAUGCCAAUGGCGCGGGCAACUAUCCAUUUUUUUAAUCUCUCGUUUAUGAUUAGGGAUGUAGUUAGCUGAAUAAUGUAACUUAUCGAGUUCAUUUAUGUAUUAGGUAAUCAAAUUUGAAAACUGCUAAAUAGGUAUCUAUAAUAUCUAUAUAGGUAUAUAAAAAAUCUGUAGAUUUUAGUGAUAUUAUUUAUACACUUUCAUAUUCUUAAAAUAGUUGCCUUGUAUUUGUAAAAUGUCACAUGAAACUUAAAAAUAUAAAAAAUCAACAAUCAUAUUUAUUUAUUAUGCUCAUUAACAGCCUUGUAAUUGAAAAAGGUUACGUGAAACUUAAAAAUAUAUAAAAAUCAACAAUUGUACCUAUAAAACAUUAUGCUCACUAACAGUCUUGGAAUUGUAAAAUUUAAAACUAAAUUGUAUAUUAUCUAUAAUUAUUAUCAAUAACAAAAAUUUUUGAUGUUGAUAGUAACCUACAAAAAUAUUUUAUAAUUAUCUAGAAUGCGCAAUAGUUCUUCUGUACUAUAAACCUCUUCACUCGCCAUUUUUGCAAUUAAAAUGUAGGUACUAGAUAAAAUAUUUUUUGCAACUUCCCCGCAUUUAAAAACACGGCACGCGCUUACGACGUCACGAGUUUACCUUUUUUCUCAGAGACUAAGUUUAUAUAUACUUUUUAAUAGUUAUUACAAAAAAUAAGCGAGUCAUUUAGCUCAAGUUUUAAUAUUACUUGAAUUACACUACAUCACUAGUAGGCAUGUAUACAUGCCAUUGGCGCGAGAGAACAUGCUUUUUUAGCCGAUAUUUAAGUUGUUUUUAUCAAUCAAAUAUUAGAAUAACUAUAUUGCAAUUUUGUUCACUGUGUACAAUUAUGUAAUAACUGGGUAUUCAGUUCUUAAGAUACAUCAAUAAAACACGUGAAAGUAAUGA